GUAAACUUUUUCGCCAAACGACUUAAUGAAGGGAAAAUAUAAAUAAAAAGUUUUAAUUUGUUCAACAAAAUUAAAAAGUUUUCCCAGCCGACAAAGAGAAACUCGUAGGAGUUGCGUAAUUUAAUUCUCACUCAAUUCCUUUUAAUGAAAGGGAAGUAAUUAAUCAACAUGUUUUAUCACAGGCUUCUGAAGCGAUAUAUUUAAUUCUUCUUUUAGACGAAGAAUCAACGUUAAGGAGCGAAGUGGAUUCCAUCGAAAAAUAAAAAAAGUAAAAAUCAAAAAGAAAAAGAAAACAAUUGAGAGAAUGAAAUUGUGAAAGAUAAACAAGAAGUGUUCAAGUGUAAAAACAAAUAAAAAAGAAAUUGAAAGAAAAGUCAUUUGAAAGCGAAAAAGCUACUUUUGCACCGUUUGGUGAGAGUUAAUAAAGUAUCAAUUGUGAAAAGAGAAAAAAAAGUUUAUAAAAGAUAAAAGAAGACGCAAUGUCAACAAUGAAAGUCUCGGUCAAUAUUAAAGUGAAAUCAAAUGUGAAGUGCAUCAUUUGGUGCUUGAUGUUUGUGUCAAUAUUGGAUCACACAGAAGCUGGCUCAUGUCGCGAAGCUGCAUUGUGCUGCAACGGUCGCGACUCAUCGUGUGUGGUACAAAAAACGCCGAUUAACGUCAUUAACGAAGAUCCAAAUGAAAAACCGUGCUAUUGCGAUCAUGCUUGUUUAAAACUUGGCGAUUGCUGCGAGGAUUUUAAAUCACAUUGUGGAGUGAUUGACUGUCUUCUCUCAGAAUGGGGUCCUUGGAGCGAAUGCGAUACAAAGUGUGGAACUGGCACGAGAUCACGAACACGUUCAAUCCUUCGAGCGCCUGAAAAUGGUGGUAAACACUGUGCGUCACUUACUCAAAAGCAAGGCUGCGAAGGUUACAGAUGUAAAAGUCUUCACGAACGAAAAGCUCUGAGUGAAACGGCAAUGCUUCUACCAUCUGAGUUUUCAAAGAGUCGACGUGAAAAUGAUACAACAGACAUAAGGCGGAACUUGAAAUUGCGUUAUUCAGAUUUGUACAAGCACAAUCGGGAUCAUGAGUACUGCAUAGAAUUUGAGGUGAUUAAGGCAACAAAAGCAUGCCGCAAGGAUCCUGUUUACAAACAGUUAGAAGUGGGUGAACGUGUUGUUGUGAAAUGUGACUUGGAAGCUUUUCUGCCGCAUGAUGAAAAGGAAGAAGUUUCAAAUAAUGAGAUUUAUAGAAGCGACGGAAAUGAAAAUUUAGAGAACGAGACAAUAGAAAACUUUAAGCAUAAGAAAUCGUCGAGCAAAUCGAAAUCGAAAUAUCGAUGUAGAGGUGAAGGAGCGACCGGUCGCAACACAAGAUUCAGUGCAAUGGCAAUUCCAUCAUGUCGUGGCAAAUGGAUGAGACUUACAGUUGGACAACCCAAGAAAUGUACUCACGACGACUCCCAAUUCAUUUUCGUUUAAUGUCAUCGUCACUUGUAAGAAAUAAAAAAGAAUUACUAACAAUCAGAAGACAAUGUUUAUCAGUCAGUGUUAGAUCAAGUGCCAUAAUCAAGACAUUACAUUAAAAAUUAAAAAACAGUUUGCAUUCUUUUGUAAAUGGAAAUAAAAUUUAUUCCCGAUGAGAAAUAAAAAAAAGGAAAGAAAAAUGUAAAUAAAAUAUUUCGUUGAUAUCCGAAGGUCUUCGUUGAAUUGUUUUGCAUUGAAUGAAAUGUUGUUUUUUACAAUACCUCUGACAGAAUGAUUACGCAUUGCUCCUUAAUAAUUCAAACAUGACAGAUUUCCCUCACUUCUCAGUUCGUUUAUCAUUCGGAAAAUAUUUCAUGUUAAAGUAAGACUUGAAAUGAAAUUUGAAAGAGUUUUUAAAUGUAAAUAAACGAAAAAUAAAAGAUAAAGAUUUCUGUUCACCCUAAGGGGAAACUAACGAUUUAAAUAGAUAACCAUGGAUGAUUCAGCAUCGAAUAUAAAAUUACAAAACAUACCUAUCUAAGCUUUCUUUAAACUUUUCUCAAAUGUUUUCAUAACUUUUAGUUAUUUUCAUUUAACAAGUUUUCUAAAGAAUUUCUCUAGAUAUCUUUAAUGUUUCGGGUGGAUUCAGUAAUUGCAAGAAAUCAUUAAAUAAUUGUAAGAACUCAUCUUGACAGUAAGCUGCUGCUGAGAGAAAUCAACUUUAAUGAUCCCCAGGACGAGACUUAUUUUCACAAUAAAAUUUUAUGAAAUUCUUGUUAGAAGCAAAGCCCGGUAAUCUCUUCCAUUUGAUUGGUUUUUAAAAUCCUAAUAACUGUAAAAAUUUAUAAAAAGAAAAUGUUUGAAUGAAAAUUUGUAAAUUGUAAGUCCUUCUAACUUAGUGAUUUAGUUAUUCAAUAAAAAGAAAAUUUUUGCAGGAA